GUUUGCAACAACGCGAGAUUUCCAACGGGAUCACGUCAAUUGUCGUGCGGUCGGUGCCAAUCAGAGUGAUACUGAACCAGCACCGGUUGUCGGUGAUCCACUUUACCCUAAUCGGCGCACGCCGCAAAUUCAGCGCCUCGGUUCCGACGAGCUCCACUCCAGCGACCGCCGCCGCGGGCUCCCGUGUGUCGGCGUGUGGAGCCUUCGGUCUCCCGUCGGCCCUUCCGCGGCUCUCGGUUCAGGUGGCGUCCGACUUGGGAGCAGCGGGCCAGCCGGGGCUCCAUGAGCGCGACGGGGCAGCAGCACGGGGGGGGCCUGCGCUCCCGCCGGGCGCCCGGGCCGGGCGCCGGCGUGGAGGCGAGCUGCUGGCUGGCGCCCGGAGUGCUGCGCAGGUUGGUCGAGCUGCCCUCGCCCCCCCUCUCCAGGCAUCAGCUCAAAAGGCUGGAGGAGCACAGGUACAGCAGCGCCGGGUGCUCGCUGCUGGAGCCUCUGAUGCAGCGCUACUGGGAGUGGCUGGUUGCCCGCGUUCCGGCCUGGAUCGCGCCCAACCUCAUCACCGUCGUCGGCCUGGCCACUAACAUCUUCACCACCUUGGUGCUCGUCUACUACUGCCCCACCGCCACCGAACAGGCUCCACUGUGGGCAUACCUGAUGUGCGCCGUGGGUCUCUUCGUGUACCAGUCGCUGGACGCCAUCGACGGCAAGCAGGCCCGGCGCACUAACAGCAGCUCGCCUCUGGGGGAGCUCUUCGACCACGGCUGCGACUCGCUCUCCACCGUGUUUGUGGUGUUGGGAACCAGCGUCGCGGUGCAGCUGGGCACCAACCCCGACUGGAUGUUCUUCUGCUGCUUCGCCGGCAUGUUCAUGUUCUACUGCGCCCACUGGCAGACGUACGUGUCGGGAACGCUGCGAUUCGGCAUCAUCGACGUGACCGAGGUGCAGCUCUUCAUCAUAAGCAUGUACCUGCUGGCCGCCGCGGGAGGCUCCGCCUUCUGGCAGGCGCUGAUUCCGAUUGUUAACGUCCAGGUGAAAAUGGUUCCUGCCGUUUUCACGUUUCUAGGAGCGAUCUUCUCCUGUACCAACUACUUCAGAGUCAUCUUCACCGGAGGCGUUGGCAAGAACGGCUCCACCAUAGCUGGAACCAGCGUGCUGUCUCCAGUGCUGCACAUUGGUUCCGUCAUCGUUCUGGCCGUGAUGAUUUACAAGAAGUCUGCCGUCCAGCUCUUCGAGAAACACCCGUGUCUUUACAUCCUGGCCUUUGGCUUCGUCUCUGCCAAAAUCACCAAUAAAUUAGUCGUAGCACACAUGACGAAAAGCGAGAUGCACCUGCACGACUUGGCCUUCCUGGGGCCGGGACUCCUGUUCCUUAAUCAGUAUUUCAAUAGUUUCAUUGACGAGUACCUGGUGCUGUGGAUCGCACUGGUGCUGUCGUUGUUGGAUCUGCUGCGUUAUUGCGUCAGCGUGUGCAACCAGAUCGCCGGCCACCUUCACAUCUUCGUCUUCAAGAUCAAGCCUUGCUCGCUGCGCUGAGGCAAAAGCCACGGGCGCGCGCACGCACGCACGCACGCACGGAUGGACUCCACCACCUUCCAUUCCUCCAUCCCUCCAUCCCAUGGCGCUUCAGACAAGCCAAUGUCGGGAGCAGUCAUGUGAUCAUACUGGAGCGUUACUUCCUGUCAGUGUUUGUUUGAAGACUUCAGGUGCUACCAUAACACACACACACACACACAUAAAAAGAAAAGAGAGAAAAAACGCUUUGCUCUUCAAAAACACGUCUAUUUUUUGUUACCUUUUUUGGUUUUUGCUAUUGUAGAUAAUUUGCUUUUCAUGUGCUUGCUUUCUCAUGAAUUUUACGCACAAUACAGUUUAGUAACAAUCCAUGUCUAAAGUUGCAAUAACCACUUAUUAGGUGUACAUUUUUGAGGGGUUGAACUGGUCUAUUUUAUUUAUUGUCAAGAUGUGUGUAUGGAGUUUUUUUUUUUUGUGUGUGUGCCAAAAUUAAAUAAAUAUAACUCCUGUUAAAUAGAUCUCUCGGAAUAUGAAUCAAAAUAUAAAAUAACUAAAAUGCAAAAUAUAAUCUUGUCUAAUGACAGAUUAAGAAAAAAAAUAUAUAUAUAUAUAUAUUUGAUGACCUUAUUGACUUUUCUUCUCUUUUAUUUAAUGGAAUUCUUUGAGUGACAUUUUGUGUUUGACAUCAGUUAUUUAAUAGAAUAAAAAAUGGCACAAAAUACAAAUUCCAUGUAAUAAUUAAAAAUGCCCCCGAACGUUCUUUUCUAAUGCAAAUCCCAGUACAUACCAAAAAAUGAACUCUUUAAAUAAAAAUUGUUUACAAUAAUUCAACUUUCUAUUAAAUAAAUACCAACGCCAAUGUUACAGGCUUAGGGAAAAAAUGGUUCCCUAAAUUGUGUCACCAUUAAGAUUAGAAUUCACAAUUGAAUAAAUGGGCCAGUUUAUGAACUUGUUGGCAAUUGAAUCAAUAAUCCUUUAUUUAAUUUUGGCAUUAGAACACCUCUGUGGGUAUUCAUUGUAUUCUCCAACCUUAUUGAAUAGUUCUUAUUUUUCUACAGCAAAUUUCCUCAAAUGGAUGGCGGCCCUGUCCAUGCAAUAUAAUAUAAUAUAUAAUUUCAGUCUAAAACAAAAACAUGGCGUUGUUACAGUGCCCCCCACAGGUCUGGCAUGUCAACGACAUGCUUUGGAGUCCAUUCGUGUGCUGUUUGCGCGGAUGGGUCCUUUUGUCAACGCCAACGGUGAGUCACAAUGUCGUGACUCGCGACUUUAUUACAAGUGUGUGGCAUUAUUAAUUUUCUUUAAAGUCCAAAACAGAACACGGUAUUGUUACGGCGCCACCCGCGGGCAUGCUUUGGAGUCAAAACUUUGAAAUGUUUUCUGACAUGUGACAUUUUUCAUUUUGUUCAAAGUCCAACACCAAAUGUGGUAUGAUGACAGCGCCACCCGUAGGCCUGGCAUGUCAACGACAUGUUGUGGAGUCAAAACUUUCAAGUGCUUUCCAUGCGGACGAGGCCUUUGGUUGAUGUCGUUUUGACAUUUUUUCAAGUGUGUGACAUAAUUCAUUUGUUAAAAGUCCAAAACAAUAAAUUGCGUUGUUCCAGCGCCACCCACAGGCCCGGCAUGUCAACGACACGCUUUGGAGUUGAAACUUUUAAGUGCUCUCCGACGCCUGACAUUGUUCCUCGUGUGUGACGUUAAUUUCCAAAGGGAAGCAUGCUAUUAAUUAAGUCUCGGUCAGUUUUCCCAUGUUGUGGACAAGUCCCACGUCGUGACGGCCAUUUUAAUUUUAGUCUGGGAUGAAAAUAAAAACAUGUUACCAAUUAA